CCCGCAACAUUGACUGAUAAGAUGCCUACAAAUAAUAAGGGCCCCGCAAUGCUACUAGCAAUGGCAAGAAGCAUAGAGGUAGAAUCUCUUAUCUUUUAUUUCGUUUCAUAAAUGCCAGAAUUUAAAAAUCCCAUCAUUCCCGGCUUCAAUCCGGAUCCCUCGAUCUGCCGCGUCGGCGAUUCGUUCUUCCUGAUUACGUCCUCUUUUGAAUAUUUCCCUGGCAUCCCGAUCUACCAUUCCAAGGAUCUAGUCAAAUGGGAGCAUAUUGGGCAUGUUCUCACUCGUCCCACUCAGCUCAAUCUACGUACCGUCGAACCAGGGGCUGGUAUCUGGGCCUCGACCAUCCGUUACGUGGAGAGAGAAAAACGGUGGUACGUCACGACGUGUAAAUGGGAUCGGUACAGGCCAACAUUAGGAGAACGGGUUUGGCCUCGUGGAUUUGUGGUAUACACAGACGAUAUUUGGAAGCAGGAUAGCUGGUCUGAUCCUAUAUAUUUUGACCAGAUUGGCUUUGAUCAAGAUCUUUUCUUCGACGACGACGGAAAGGUGUAUCUAUCGACUACCUACAGACUUCACAAUCCUCCAGACAGUACUCAAAAGCAUUUUGCAAUCCAUGUAUCUGAAAUUGACAUCAAUACCGGUCGUUCUCUUACAGCACCGAUUGUUCUCCGCACGGCGCCGUCCGGACUUGCAGAAGGCUCUCAUAUCAUCAAGAGAGGAAGAUACUACUAUCUUUUCACCGCAGAAGGAGGAACAGAAACACACCAUUCGGAGUGGGUUAUGCGCUCAUCGCAAGGCCCUCUGGGUCCUUACGAAGUCGGUCCGCUUGAAGCUGUCAAUCCUCUAGUUUGCAACUCUACGAACGAGGAUGUGCAAAAUACGGGCCACGCAGACCUCGUUGAGGAUUGCGAUGGGAAUUGGUGGGCGGUAUUACUAGCUGUACGGCCGACGAGGAUAGAAGUUGGCGAAUGGGUUGAUAGCGCAUUAGGUCGAGAGACAUUUAUUCUGCCAGUUGAAUGGGUAGAAGACUGGCCGAUUUUCAACGAAGGGAGACCGAUUGGAUUGAGCGGCGAAGGCCCAAAGAUGUACAGGCUGCAACAGCCAACAGACUGGGUCGCAAACCUCUCCCUGACUGAUCUCGAACUGGGAUGGUAUCACAAACACACGCCUUUGCGAAAGUACUACUCCCUCUCCGAACGUCCGGGCCAUCUCCGAGUGUACGGAUCCAGUUAUGAUCUCGCCUCUCCCGAAUCCCCUUCCAUGCUAGUUAGAAAACAGAGUGCCAAAGCAAUGACUUUCACCGCCGACCUUGAUUUCUCGCCUGCAAGGCCCACCUAUGAGGCUGGGGUAGUUGCAUUCUGGAAUUCGUUCUGCUAUUUCAGUAUUGGUAUCAAGAAAGAUGCAGAUGGGUAUAAGAAGCUUGUGGUUACAGAACCAGUUGACGGCAAGGGAAAUUUCAAGUCACACGCCCACGCAGUGUCUGAUCUGUCUGUAAAUACCACACGACUAGCGAUCAAAUGCACUGCGACGAGCUACUCUGUUGGAUAUGUCGCGUCCUCAGGCUUCCACUGCUUAUCCACGGUCUCGACGAAGAUAAUGACCACGGCACCACCUCUCGGAAUGGCAUAUACUGGAGUCAUGCUUGGAGUAUAUGCUUUUGGCGAGAUGGAACCGUGCCUCAGUCCGGCUGAUUUCUCGGGUAUAAGGCUUGCACUCACAGAGUAGGAUAGUUAAUGUCAAUAAACAGUUCUUUG